CAGAAUCGGGCAGCUGGUUUUCCUCGAUUCAGUCAUCGCUUGCAGCAGCACUGAGUUCGACGACGGUCGCCGGAUCAGUGCGUUUUUCCAUUUUCUUGUAGAGCAGUUUAGCCACACCCCACAACCAUGUCUGAUGAUGAAGAGUAUUCCUCUGAGGAGGAGGAGGUCGUCGAGGAGCAGCACGAACAGUAAGCCAGCAGCUAAGAGCGAGGGAGAUGAUCCCGAAUUCAUCAAGCGCCAGGAUCAGAAGCGCUCAGACUUGGAUGAACAGCUGAAGGAGUACAUCAACGAAUGGCGUAAACAGCGGUCCAAGGAAGAAGAUGAACUCAAGAGACUCAAGGAGAAACAAGCCAAGCGCAAGGUUUCCCGGGCCGAAGAGGAGCAGCGUAUGGCUCAGCGCAAGAAGGAAGAGGAGGAACGUCGUGUGCGCGAGGUUGAAGAAAAGAAACAGCGUGAAAUCGAUGAGAAGAGACGUCGUCUCGAAGAGGCCGAGAAGAAGCGCCAGGCGAUGCUGCAGGCCAUGAAGGACAAGGACAAGAAGGGACCGAACUUCACCAUUACCAAGAAGGACAGUUCCUUCGGUAUGUCCAAUGCUCAGAUGGAGCGUAACAAGACUAAGGAACAACUGGAGGAGGAGAAGAAAAUCUCCCUGUCCUUCCGUAUCAAGCCUCUGGAAAUGGACGGCAUGAGCGCAGCUGCUCUGCGUACCAAGGCCACCGAGCUGUGGGAGAGCAUCGUCAAGCUGGAGACCGAGAAGUACGAUUUGGAGGAAAGGCAAAAGCGUCAGGACUACGAUUUGAAAGAGUUGAAGGAAAGACAAAAGCAGCAGCUGAGACACAAAGCCUUGAAGAAGGGUCUGGACCCCGAAGCCCUCACCGGCAAAUACCCACCAAAGAUCCAAGUCGCCUCCAAAUACGAACGUCGUGUCGAUACCCGCUCCUACGAUGAUAAGAAGAAACUUUUCGAGGGUGGAUUUGACAAUCUAAACAAAGAAAGUCUCGAAAAGAUGUGGUCCGAGAGGAAGGAACAGUACGUUGGUCGCCAGAAAUCCAAACUUCCAAAAUGGUUCGGAGAGCGACCAGGCAAGAAGCCAGGAGACCCCGAGACCCCAGAAGGCGAGGACGAGGUCAAGCCUGAUGACGAAGAAAUCGAGGAAAUCGAGGUCGUCGAGGAAGUUGUUGAGGAAGAGGAGGAGGAGGAAGAGGAGGAAGAGGAGGAAGAGGAAGAGGAGGAGGAAGAGGAGGAAGAAGAGGAAGAGGAAGAAGAGGAGGAGGAAGAAUAAAUGUUCGAUCGUCAACGGUUUCCUUUUAGAGCUAUUGAUUAAGUCGGAAGCAUUAUUUUUCUACUACCAUUUCCAUACUAUUCCUCCAAUCAGCAGCGAACAAAGCAAGAAUCAUGAUGAUGAUGAUGACGAUACCAAUGAGCGAAAGCAACAGGAAGAAGCAGUACCAGCAGCAACAGCAACAGCAUCUACAACUAUGAUUGGAAUCAUCUCAAUUAACAUCUUUCAUGAACUUUAUUAUUUUAAUAAUUAUUUUAUUAUUUAAAGUCUCAUUAUAAAAACAAAUAAAAUUAUUUAUUAUAAACUGUAA